AUGGGAGAUAUGCAGCGCACUGGCGCGCCGCGGCGAGGCGCCGUGCGAUUCCGGAUGUCACGGCGGCCGGCCUUGGCGACGGGCACGCCGUUGCUGCCGGUAGCUGGAGGCCGCAAGAAGAAGAAGAUGGCGGUGGCACGGCUGGGCGGCGGCGCACCGAGGAGCAUUUUAGGGGCGGCCAGGCGGCUGCGGAUGCGGUGGGUGGCUGGGGCGUACCGGCGGGCGCUGCGCCGGUUGCGCGCCUUCUACGCCAGGGUGCUCCAGGACCUCCUCGACGGCGCCGUUGUGGCCAACACAGUGCGCGCAGAGGCUGGCGCCGACUGGUCCUUCGGCACUGUAUUCCCGCCCGUUGUCGCCGUCGGCGGCCGCUACUGA